AUGCCUUCGUUUUGCUCCGCCCGUGUCUCCGUCGCUCUCUUCCUCGUUAUCUCCGCCGUCCCCAUAGCUUACCUCAUUGUCCUAGAGAGAGCGGCUCCUUCCACGCACGUCUUCUCUUACCACAGCUCAGGUUUCUUCCGUGAGUGCGCUAAAUGGGACAAUGUUGGUCGGAGAUUCCUCGUCUCCUUCAUGGACGGAGGCGGAAUCGGCGAGGUUGUUCCUAGAGACAGUGACAACGACGUUCUUGAUGAAGUCACUUUAGUCAAAGACAUUGACCUCGCCGGAAACGCUUCUCUCGGAAUCGUUAUCGACCACGACAGGAACCGUGUCCUCGUCGCCGUCGCCGAUUUGUUUGGAAACCUCUAUAGCGCUUUAGCUUCUUAUGAACUGUCCACGUGGCGUCGUAUCUUCCUCGCUGAGCUUAGCGGUCAUAGUAAAGAGAAUUCAUUUGCAGACGAUGUAGCUGUUGACGCACAAGGCAAUGCUUAUGUGACGGAUGCAAAAGGCAGUAAAAUCUGGAAAGUUGAUGUCAAUGGAGAACUUGUCUCCACCAUUGAAAGUCCUCUAUUCACUCCACCUGGAUGGUACAAUAACCUGGUCUCUCUUAACGGCAUUGUUUAUCACCCUGACGGUUUCCUUAUCGUCAUCCACACUUUCUCCGGUCUCUUAUACAAAAUCGACCUAACAGCCGAUGGGGAUGAUAGUAAUAAGGUCACUGUCAUUGAAGUUACUGGUGGCACUUUGAGGUUUGGUGAUGGGCUUGAGUUGUUGUCUCCUACCAAGAUUGUUAUCGCAGGUUGUAGUCCUUCAGCGAAAUUGGUGGAGAGCUCAGAUGGGUGGCGGACGGCUUCAGUGACAGGCUGGUUCAACACGGGUAUGGUUCAUCGGUUAGUCUCGUCGGCUACUGUGAAGGAAGGAAAGGUUUAUCUAAACCACAUUGUUGGAUUUGGUUCUAAGAAGAGACACAUACUUGUCGAAGCUAUGUUUUAG